AUGCCAGAGAACGAGUAUUCUACUUACACAAGGCUUUACAGCCAACUUUCGUCAGAAAAACUCGCCAAGCUUGAUCGACUUGGCUUACACCUUAACUCGCCCGAGCCUGCUAUUAUCUGUAAGCAAUGUGGCUACGCUAUAACGGCAGAUAAGGAUCGCGUAGCUCGACAUCUCGGGGAAAUCCACAACGUCGAUAAAGUAGCCCGCAGGGGAUUGAAUAAGUUGAUUCGUUCCUUGAAUCUCCCGGACCCGAAGAGUCUUCGCUCGCGACCUGAUGAUAGCGCACCUCAUCCUUACCUGAAAAGUCUGACGGGUGCAAGCUCUUGCAGGCAUUGCGGUCUGCGAUCAGUCAGCCAUGAUGUUCUUCAAUCACACCUCAGACACACGCACCCAGCGGAAAUAGAGCUUGCUAGAAAAUCAGGACGGCAUUGGUUACGAGACCACAUUAAGACAGGGCUAACCCUCCAGAGUUGGACGGCUCAGGGCGUCCAUAAGUCUUGGACCGUCGAAAUCGAAGGUGCCCAGACAUCUGAAAGGCAGUUGAACGCCAAUAUUCUGCUACAGGAGACGCCAGAUGCUAUCAAAGACUUUGCUCAGCAGCUCCUUUCCGAAGAACAGGAAAGAUUGGAGUCACGACUGAGUAGGAAAGAUUUGGUGCAAGACACUACAGAGGCGAACUUAAUGACUAAUUGGAUGCGCCGUACUGGGUGGGAACGCCUGCUCAAAAACGCCCGUCGCGAUAUCCUCGUAGCCAUGUCAGAUUUACCCAUAUUGACUGGUCGGCCGCUUCGCCUCGAAAUGCACGCAGGGGAGUCACUUUUGAGCUCAGUCGCAGUUGAGCAGCGGUUAGCGUCGAUUAUGGGUGCGACUGAUCGUCUAUUUGAUCGAUGUGGCAAUACUAUACGAAGCACUGAUGUCUGCGUGCGUAGAUGGCUCCGGGGUAGAUUGCCCGACCGUCCGUAUAAAGCGCCCUUCGAACUUGUCUCCAAAUCCAGCUCUGAGCGUGUAUAUCGGAAGGAGUUGAAGCGCUGCUUGUGUUUCUGGCUUCGAUUACUCCAGUUCCCACCCAGGACGGUCAAGGUUAUCCUAGGCCAAAGCUUAAGGAGAAGCCAACGUCAAGAGUUGACGCGACUUUGGGAGGACCCUGCCUGGAGUGUAAAUCAAGAUACGUUAUUGACUGAUGCAUCUCUACCUUGCGACGAAUCUGUAUCAGACGAAAGUAGUGAUGAAGACCAAGACGAAGAUGAGGGUCAAGGGAGCGAGGAUGACUGUACUGAAUGGUCUAGGGAGGAAAGCCUCGAUUACUCCGACGGCUAUUCAUCCACAAGAAAUUCUCCGACACCACAUACAACUACUGCAGCGGAUCCUGCUGCCGACCUUGUCCUACGUCUCGCUUACUACAUGACAACUGAAGAUUUUGCGGACGGAAGAUCAAGUUCCACCAUGCUCGUCUUCUUCAGCGCCGUUCGGGGACUCUCUGACCCAGACGGGGAACAAUAUCUCCGCCCGCAUAGAUUCACGCCCAUCUUAUCAAGACUGAUUUACUGCAUACGGCUAGUUUUUAUCGAGGCAAUACUGCCGCAGCUCGAGCAUCCCUAUGUAAAUAUUGCAUCUCGUCCACGGCACGGCCAGCUACAAAUAUUGAACGCCGCUCGUCGAGAAAAAAUGUGCGAUGGGACAAUGUCAUCGAUGGGAGAGUUCUUCAGUCUCCUGGAUUAUGGUCGUGCCUUGCGCCGAUCUGAAGGACCAGUGUACCACUUCUACUGGAGUGAAGAUGGUCAGACGCUUUCUUGGGAUGGUCAGACUUGCCUAACGAUGACUCAGUUCCGGAGUCUUGCACAUGAGGCACUGUCGCAAGCUUCAGCCCACUGUAAGCGAUUGAUGUACGACUGGGAUCCUGACUAUCUGGACCUUGCGGAAGUUCGGGAUCGCUUGUCAAAUACAACUAAUGGCUACUCUUUCGUAUCCGAUCCGGCCAACAAGUUAGAAGAUGCUUAUUUAGAACUCUUUAUGAGGGCUUGUAUCUCUCCUGCCGACGGUUUGCUUCAGAAGCGAGGGAAGGAUCAAAGCUCAUGGGAUGUAAAAGCAGCACGAGCAUAUCUCAGCGCACACGACGAUCUGCUACGAUGCCUCACGGCUCUAUUUCAGCUCGAUUGGGGCCACGCAUGCCGUAUUUCUGAGCUACUAACGCUAGAAUGCUACAAUACGGCCUCGAGGCUGAGGGGUAUUUGCGUCUAUGGAGCGAAGCUUUGCGCCAUUACAAGAAGCCACAAAGCCCGUCUUACUACAAACAACGAGUUCCAGGUAGCACGAUUCUUCUCUCCAGCUGUUUCUAGACUGGUUUAUCAAUAUCUAGUCUACAUUCAGCCCACCGCCCAUGCGCUCUUGCGUAAGUGUUUUCAUGCCACUCCUCGCGGCGUGUUACUCUUCACUCCUCUUCACAGACAGGCAACUUGGACCACAAAAACAUUCACCGAUGAGCUACGUCGUCUAAGCAGAUCAGUGCCAGGAAUAUCAUUCCAGAUAGGAGCACAACUUACUGCUGGUGAAGAUAUAGCGUUCGUGUGGCAAAGCGGCCAUAGACCUCUACAGAGACACACUACUUAUGGUCUUGACGGCGCGUUUCCGGACCAGCUACAGCCAGCAUUGUUGAAGAUCUACGCCAAGCUCUCUGCUGAGUGGCAGGCAUUCUUACGAAUAGAUGAACAGCCAAAUCUUAACUCUACUACGCCAAACGUUUCUAGUCAUGGCAAUGAUAGCAACGACCACGUUUAUGGCACUGAGAAUAUCGAACCGCUCUCUGGUCGAAAACGGCCCAAUAUUGGAAUAAAUCAGGCGGGAACAGCACACUUGCAAAAAAAAAGAAAGGCCGGACCGGAUACCCAGGAAAACCAUAGCUAUAGCGUUGGAAGUGCAGCCCUCGAUGAGACUACAAUACCCAUGUAA